AUGCUGGAAGAAGAAGCCGAGAUUUACCGCUCCCUGGCUGGAUGGCCGGGCUUCCCCCAGGUCUACUGGUAUGGUCAACAGGACGAUCUUAUGGUCUUGGUGUUUGAGCUCCUAGGACCGAACUUGGAAGAUCUAUUUCGAUAUUGCGGCGAUCGGUUCUCGUUGAAAACGACGCUGAUGCUCGCGGACCAGCUCCUCCGACGAUUCGAAACUUUACAUUCCCACCACUUUCUCCACCGCGACAUCAAGCCGGAGAACUUCCUUCUGGGGACGGGGCGACGAGGGAACACGGUCUAUAUGACCGAUCUGGGUCUUGCGGUCUAUCACCGUCCCGGCCGGAGCCGCCCUUAUAGCUCUCCUAACCGCUAUGAGACUACGCGGCCUCCCCUGUUAUUAGGUACCUGCCGGUAUGCGAGUAUCAAGGGACAUCUGGGGGAAGCACAAUCUCCGCGCGACGAUUUGGAGGCUCUCGGUUACAUGCUCGUUUACUUCCUUCGUGGCAAACUUCCUUGGCAAGGCCUCAAGGCAGAUAAGGCUGCCAAACAUCUACUGGUUCUGGAGAUGAAGCGGGCGACGACCCCAAGCACACUUUGUGACGGCCUCCCCGCGGCGUUCGAGGAAUACAUGACUUACGUGCAGAACUUGAAUGACAACGAUCGACCGGACUACCGAGCCCUGCGGGCGAUGUUCGAUCAAGUCUUUCGCGCAGAGGGGUUCGAACACGACAAUGUGUUCGACUGGACGCUCCGCGAGUUUCAGAAGCUAGAGUCUGCCGCUCCAGAACUGCCGACAUCCCAAGAUUCAGCUCAUCUGCGAGCCGUGAACGACACGUCGUCACCACACAAUGAAAUUCCAGAGAAACCCGAACCGCGCCGCUCGAGGAGGCGAUGA